AUGGGCUGCUGUUUCUCCCGCCCCGAUGGCCCUAACUCGCCCUAUCCCGGCGGUGCACCUACUGGCUCUGGCCGCGCCAUCAAUGUCCAAGCUUCUGGCGCUGGUUCGGCUACGUCGGCCGCCGCCGCUUCUCUGGCAAGGAGCGCUGGUGUGGCCGGCGCUUGUGCUGGUGCACGCAGUGGCGGCGACCGCGACGGCAUAGAUGCCGGCGGUCUCUCUUCCUCCUCCUCGACGCCCCCGACCGGUGGCAGCCGACAGCUACGAGCAGCCGCCGCUUCUGGCACCUCCUCUUCCUCGACACAACAGCGGCUGCCCGCACAGGAGCUGUCCAAACAUAUCAACAAACCAAUAAAACGGCGCCGCUGGACCUCCCGGAACCGCGUAUGGACCCGGAGCGCCAUCGACCGCGAACGCACCGACUUCUUUGAUACCCGCGUUACAGGCCGCGCCGAGAUCUGGCAGACCCUACGUGCCGCCCUUGAGAUUAUGUGGGAGGCCGACGUCGUCGAUGCAGCAAGGAAUGCCCAUGCUGGUACCGAGACCGAGUCUCAAGCAGCCACCACCGCCUCUCUAGCGUCACCCACGUCACCCACGUCACCUACAUCACCCACAAAAAGCGCAGGCUCCACGGCAUCUUCUGAAGCUACGGAAGCUCGCACCACCGCCCAGACUAUCCUCGAUGCCGCCGACAUUACCCUGCCCACCGGUGACAUGGCCCAGGGUGCAUACGAUGCCUUUGGUAACUUUUAUGCCCUGCCGGCGUGGAUCGUCUCUGACCCCACCAACUUGGCCAGCGACCCAGAGCACAACGACUCCGACGUCGAUGAGACCAAGGGCGCGGCCCUCGAUGACCCGGGCAGCGAGGCCAACCUGUCGGAGGAUUCUGACUAUGACAACGAAGGAGAAGGCGAUGGCGAUGACGAUGACGAUGACGAAGAUACGUGUGGUGACGAAGCCCGGCACCGCCUCGAUACGGCGACAGCCUCGCCGACAAACCCCCACCGCCGCCGCCGCCGCCGCGAAGAAAAAGGAAAGGAAGUCGUCAACAUCGCCGCCGCUGCCAACCAGUUUACCGUCCGCGCUCGCCUCAGUGUCACCUCCCGCGACGUCAUCGUCUCGCUCGGUCGCGAGGAGCCCGUCCGCAGCGUGGCCCACCGCAUCUCUGAAAAGGCCAAGCUCCCGCACGAUGCUCGUGUCCGCAUCGCCUACCUCGGCAAGAUUCUCAAGGACGGCACCUCGCUCCAGGCCCAGGGCUGGAAAGAGGGCCAUAUCGUCAAUGCCCUUGUUUUCGGGGCGACAUAA